UAUUGCUGGGUUUUUGAAAUACUAAUAUACAAACAUGGUAUCAUUGAGGUCAGGUAUGAGUCUAUAAAGACCUCAGCAUAAUAGUUAUUAAGAACAAAAAUGAACUUAAAAACUAGAAGAAAACAUAAAAAAAAUCAAGAAAGAGCGAGAUUAAGCAAUGGGAACAAUAUCGUCAAUCUUCUCAAAGCCAAAACCACCACAUAACUACGAAGCGAUUCUAAAAUAUUAAGACUCUGCUCUUCCUCCUGAUGCUACGUCGUCUCUUGACAAGUUAUACCCUCAGCUAUUCGAUGGCGUUUUCUUGAAGGACAAGAAACAGGUCUUUAACUUGUUUUUGUUGAACUUCCUAUUAUUUUUCGGGUGAAUUGGUGAAAUACCAAAAGAAAAACUAAAAUUAAUUUGUUAGAGAGAGAUAGGAAGAGAAAGAAAGAGAAAAAAUGGGGAUUUGAUUAUUUUGUGAAUUAUUGUUUUUUUUUGUUGGUUACAGGGUGCAAUUUCCCUUAUUUUUCUUGGUUUGAUUCAAUAAAGAGAAACACCAACUAAAAGACUAUAAAAUUCUAUAUAUAUGUUAGUGCAGAGUAAUUAAAUUUUAUUGAUGAUGGAAUUUGAUAUUCAGAAGUACUGGAUAGAGGGUAAAGCUAAGAAGAACUGCUUCAUGUUGUACGCGAGAGAUAUAGCGAUUUCAUUGGCUGAGUUUCAAACAAAUAAUAACUGGAGUUGGUUUACUGAUAUAGACCAAACAUCCAGUGAUGCAAGAAUUGAGGUUGCAAAGCUGGAAUGGGUAGCUUGGUUAGAAGUGUUUGGAAACUUCGAGAUGGAGAAUCUAACUCCCAACAGUUUGUACGAGGUUGUGUUUGUGGUUAAGCUGGUUGAUCCUGCGCAGGGAUGGGAAGUUCCGGUUAACUUCAAACCGGUUUUACCGACAGGAGAAACCAAAGAGCGGCAAGAGAAUAUGACUAUGUUAGGAAGAAACCGGUGGGUGGAGAUUCUGGCCGGUGAGUUCAGGACAUCGCCGGAAUAUAUUUUCGGGAAGAUUGAGUUUUCGAUGUAUGAGGUUAAAGGUGGGUUAUGGAAGUCCGGUCUGGUUGUGAAAGGUGUUGCUAACCCAAGAAUCAAAAUAUUAAAUUUUGUAAGCUUAAACAAUAAAAUUGAAUACGAAAGUUACUAUGAUCUAUGUACAUCAUAUAAAUGA